UCAUGACUGGAUAUUAGAUGUAGCCUAAUGUCAACAAGGAAUGCUGUUGAUAUGAAUCAUGUUUUAAACCGACAGAACUCACCAGUGUUGUUUAAGAACUGUGUCAUAGGAAGGAGAGGUGAAUGUGCCAACAUUUGAAGUAAAUAGAACACACGAGUCCAUGUGAAGAAGUACACCUGCUGAAGGUAACGUGAUAGCUAAGAAAUACACGACGGCUGUUGUGUCAGGCUCCUGGAAGUCUUUGUAUUUGACCAUGUCUUUACCAGGAUAGUAAACUAGGACAUAAUGCUUUGAUUGCUUUCCUACCAUGAUGAUAUAAGUUAGAACCCGCCGGUCCACUAUUAGCAGCGAGUGAAUUCCAAGCUGGGCGUGUUUUUGCGCUCCUUUUAGCCCAGUUGACGAUCCCGUGUAGUGCACACUGCAACGCCGGCACUUGUUGAAAGUGGAUGAAGUCCAGCUUCGAUAGUGCCCGUGGUCCCAUCGCCACAUAUUAAGCAUCUACUCUGACACAUAUUUGACAUUUCGCUGACGUUUUUUUUUAUCAAUCUAUUUAUUUGGAAAAUUAUGGAUUUCUAUCAAAUAACCACAUUUUACGCGGUCCUCACAUGUGUAUGGGAUUUACCAUGCUUUCAAUCAUUUACUAUUUUCCUUCCGUCUGCCUCAAAGAGCAGCAAGGUCCCGAAAGUAUUUGAUGGACGAGAGGCAAAAUAUUUCAAAGAUAUCUACUCAUCAUCAAAUGAGCGGUAUUACAAGGGUGGGCUCAAAGAUCCAGUUGAACCACACGACUACAUGCUUUCAAUUUAUAAGACUUUCUCUACAGCCGAAAAAUUGGGGCUAAACGCAAGUUUCUUUCGAUCGUCAAAAGCAGCUAACACUAUAGCAAGUUUUGUGGACAUCGGACAAGAUGACCUCCCACUCUCCCCUUUGCGAAGACAGCAGUAUCUGUUUGACGUCUCAACCCUCUCAGACAGAGCUGAGGUGCUGGGGGCUGAGUUGAGGAUAUACACCAAAGUGUCUGGGAAUUUCAGGAUGUCGGAAAUGGAGCCAGUGGACAUUCAGCUACUCUCCUGCCGCUCUCAGCAGCUGCUGGAUUCCAGAACGUUGGAUCUUCAGGAGUCCCAUCGGCCCAGAUGGGAGGUGUUGGACGUGUGGGAAAUAUUUAAGGACAGGGAUCACCUCACACACGGGAGACAGUUCUGUCUGGAGGUCAAGGCCAUGCUGGACAACCCCGAGAGGGAGCUUGACUUGCAUCAUCUGGGCUUUCACAGAAAUGGUCGCUCACAACAAAAGAAGGCCAUUUUAGUAGUGUUCACCAGGUCCAAGAAGAGACAGACCCUUUUCAGUGAAAGGAGAGAAGGAAGGACAGUGAUGGGCCCUGGGGAAAAGGGGAAAGAGAGGGGCCCUCGUUCUAAUUCCAAAGCCAGCCGGAGACGCAGGACGGCGAUAUUGAAGAAUCGCCACGGGAAGAGGCAUGGCAAAAAGUCAAAAUCGAGAUGCAGCAAGAGGCCGUUGCAUGUGAACUUCAGAGAGCUGGGCUGGGACGAUUGGAUUAUCGCUCCUCUGGAUUACGAGGCGUACCACUGUGAGGGCGUGUGUGACUUUCCUCUGAGGUCACAUCUAGAGCCCACAAACCAUGCCAUCAUACAGACCCUUAUGAAUUCGAUGAACCCCAGCAACAUGCCUCCUAGCUGCUGUGCCCCGUCCAAACUCAGCCCUAUCAGUAUUCUCUACAUCGACUCAGGAAAUAAUGUGGUGUAUAAGCAGUAUGAGGAUAUGGUGGUUGAGUCGUGUGGUUGUAGGUAAUGCUUUUUUGGAAAGGCUGUGUUUUGAGUGGGAAUGAAAUGUGAUCAUCAGGGCCUAUCUGGUGUGAAGCCAAUACUUUAAGCUACCUGAUGGUUUGCAUCCCAAAUGGCACCCUAUUCGCUAUGUAGUGCACUACGUUUGAUCUAUAGGGCUCUGGUCAAAAGUAGAGCACUAUAUAGGCAAUAGGGUGUCAUUUGGGACGCAGAUGAACAGAGAGCAUUGUCUAAUAUUGUAAAAUGGUGUGGUGGGAUUAAUAAUCACCUGCCCCAAACUAAACCAUGUUAAUUUCUGAACCAUUUCUUAAUUUCUAAACUGGUUUAAGCCUGGCAAGCGAGGCUACUUCUUCCCUGAACCCUGUCAUGUUUUUAUUGACCAAUUAACAGGAGAGACACUUCUAAACACCCAGCAAAUGACUGAAAAUAAAAAUGUGUCAUAUCAAUGUAAAAACAUAAUUCAAACAGCAGAAGUCCUUUCAUAGCUCCUUGGCUUGGCCUUUCGACUCGAGAGGAUGCUUGAGUGCUACUCAGAAUGUAAAGCCUUAUUGAGUUGCAACAUCUGUGUAAUUCAAGUGCACGUCCACCAAAAAUGCCCCCAGGCUUAGCCUACUUAACCAAGGGCUCAGCCUGUGUUCCAAAUGGCACCCUAUUCCCUACAUAGCUACAUAGUGUAGUGCACACAAUAUAUAGGGAAUUGGGUGCCAUUUCAAACGUAGUCAUGUUGUGGUUAGAUACAAGGUGAUAAAAUAAUGCCCAUGGGCCUUUUCCUGUAAUGCACUGAGAUUCAUAUGACCAUAUGUAAGUACUUGAUAUGGAAAUUAUAAUUUAUGUUCUAUCAAUAAGUUAUUAUAUUUUUGUUGUUGGAGUUUGCUGUCGGGGUUUAAUACCUAUCAUGUUUUGGUCCUGUACAAGACUGUAUUUCAGGUCCCAUAAACGAACAACAACUUUGAAGGCUUAACAAAGCCUUCAUAAACCAUGUGUAGAUGCUUCAGAACUUAUUUAUUAAUAAGAAAAUUCAUACUAUUUAAAAGGUAACGUACAGUAUGGGGUUUGUAAAGCGUCUAUGAAGACCUUAUAGAUGAUGGUUUCAGAAAGUCUUAAAAGUUGUUGUUUGUUUAGAGGGACCAUAUUUCAAAACUUUAAAGAUUGAAUUUUGUAAACCUUAUGGUGUAGAUUUGAACAAGCAAAGAAUGAGGGAGCCUUAACUGUUCAAACAGGAAAUGAUUACCAGUCAGAAAAAAAGACCCCUGUGUUUUUGCAAUGAUAUACUGCUCCAUAGUUUAUAGACCUGUUACAGCCUGUUUUAUAAUAUUUAAGAGUAAUCUUUGUUGGAUUUUGUAUUUGACUUUCUAUUUUCUACUGGAACUCAAAACCAAUUUAUUUAAUAUUCUCUAACAAAUUUAAAACAGAAGGUACGUUUACAAAUGUGUAUUGGUGAUACUGUCCUGACAUUGUGUCAAAAAAACUAUGGAGAUCUAAUUAUUAUUCAAAUACAUUUGUAAGAAAAUACAUACUGUAUGACAAAUUAAUGAUAACAACAAUCAAUUAAAUUAUUUAACCAAAUUAUAUAUUCCUUUUUUUACCUGUUAAGGUUACAUGUUUUAUAUAAUAGUAUAUUAAAUUAUCUUUUGUAUUAUGUCUUUUGAUUAAAUUUUCCAAAAUAUGUGUAUCAUUGCGUUUUGAACUGAUUUGCGUUACUCGAUUGUGCAGUGUCACUGUAGUCCAGUGGCGGUCGGUGCCGUUUAAGAUGAGGGAGGACGAGUAUUUUCUUUAUGAACAUGGCUUUAUUUCUAUUACAGCAAAUUGGAUGACUGUUAUUCAUAUUCCAAUCACCCAGCUCAAUGUAACAUCAAUGGGUUUAGGCUAUUACAUGAUACUCACAUUUUCCCUGUACCCAUCAUGAGGUUGCUACAAUCUAGCCUAUGAAUGAAAGUUUACCACAUGGAUGCACAGGUCGAUUAAUCAAGGAGACAGACAGUGACACAUUCAAUACCGCAUUGAACACUUGUGCCUGCAUCCAGCUGAUCAAGGGUGUAAUCAUUAGUCCGACAGUUGCGAACAAGAGUUUCUAUUGGACAAACUCAGGAAUGUUCAUCCCCGUUUUGUUCCGUUUGCUUAAGUUUCAAAAACGUUUUUCAACAGAAUCGGCGGAAUGAAUACACCCCUGAUCACACGCAAACAAAGUUCACUUUCAUAACACCCACAUACGAACAGCAUGAUACUUUUGCUCAAUGUAAAAUUCCUUCAUGUAUCUCUGCGCUCUCCUCCUCUCACCUUUUCCCUUCGUUUGUAGACUUCCAUGCACAAAACUUCAGCUGUCUGUGACCAAGCAAAAAAAAACAAGCCAAACCUUCAUAUCAUAACCGCCAACCGCUACACACAGCCUAUCUACAUCGCCGAAGCAACUAGAACUAACACAUUAGUAAACUCGCUACAAUCAUGCAGCAAGCAGUUUAGUGGUUACACUGGCGAGCCCCAGUUGCAAUACAUUUAUAAAAUCAAAAGCUUACCUUGACUUGGAAGAGUUCCAGUGCUGGAUAGCCAUAGCCAGCCAGCAAUCAUAGCCUCCCUCUCUGUUUGAGUAGGCUAAACUAGCUAGCUGCAUUUUCUAGCUAAGUGAAAGUAAAAACAAACUAAAAAUAUAUCUCUUGCUUCCUCUUUAUUUUGGUGUUAAUUUUGGUGUUCGUGUCUGUGGGACCUAUUUUCAAUGUUUACUAAAAGAAAAGUAAUACAAUUAAUAAUUUUUUCAACCUGAGACUGAUUGGCCUUGACUCAUUUUCUGUGAAGAACAUGUAAAAUAACACAUUUUCAUUGAGUGCACACUGUGCACCCCCUUACACAUUUAUAUUACAUAUGUGGAGUUUGGGUCCACUGGACCCGAGGGUAAUAAAAGUGUGGAAAAGUGUGU